AUGGCGUCACUUAUCAAAGUUCCACUCAUUCUCUCGUCUGCUAUCACGCAGCAAGUGACGUUCACGCCCCCAAACGUCCCCUUGAGUAAAGAGAUUAUUCCCCAAACAUUUAAUGAGUGGGUCUUCACUGGGCUUAUUAUAUACGGGUUUCCAGUUGUGAAGGCAAUUUACUGGGCUGUUUCUUUCGCAGAGAUCGUUACAAUUGUGUCUCACACGACGGACUCUCUGUCCUUCAUACAGGCCAUUGCACAACACGCGGUCGGUCACGGGAUUCAUGACACACCCAUUACUUUCCCUCUCAUCUUGGGCACCACACUUGCUGUCGUAGGGGGUCUCAUACGCUGGUGGUGUUUUCGCACCCUCGGCCGCUUUUUCACAUUCCAACUCAGUGUCCGCAAAGAACAUCAUAUUGUCACGACCGGACCAUACGCUGUCAUACGCCAUCCAUCAUACACAUCGGGUAUUAUACAGAUCACUGGCAUGAUAAUACUGCACGGAUCGCCCACUUCGUGGCUUAGAAGCUCCGGAGUUUUAGAUUUUUUCGGACUCAAAUUAGCUGUGGUGGCAUGGCUGGCGCUGAUUACACUUCUUAUGAUCAACAUCGUGUUUAGGGUCAACGAAGAAGAUGAAGCACUGAAAUCUGCUUUCAGAGACGAGUGGACGAGAUGGGCGAAGGCAGUCAGGUAUCGACUGAUACCUGGCGUCUACUGAACCCAUUACACUUGGCAUAUUGGUGUUUUACAAUGGUCACAACUAUUCCCCGUUCAAUCUUAUAUCUAGAUGACCUGCUCAUACGAGAAGACCGUCUUUCCCUUUCCUCGUCCGAAGUUGGAGGGAGCUCAUUUCAAAGUUUCAUUCUACAAUAGCACUCAGUUUCUUUUUUAGUUGACGGUGACACUAGGGUAACUAGACUGUAGUGCAAUGGCCUUUGUACAAAUUUUGUAUUAGUCUUUUUUUGACUUUCUAUUUGUAUUCCCGUCUAUCAUGAUAUCGAUAUGCUUCUAGG